CGGGCAGGGGCUCAGCUGGCUCGGCUGGGGCUGGGGCUGGGCGGCAGGUGCCUGGCCACUUGCCACGCAGGGGCCACCCACCCGGGGCGAGGGGCACGGCGGUGGCCGGGCACGGUGGGCGAGGGGCGUGCGUGCGCGCGGGGCCCAUGUUCACCGAGCUGAGGACCAAGCUGAGCCCCACGCGGGGCCGCCCCGCCACGGUGCGCGCGGGUUUCGGGGAGCGCCGCGAUGUGGACGCCACAGCCCAGUUCAGCUUCAGCAGGACCCUCCUGGAUCACACCAUGUCAGCAGAGAGCACCCUCUGUCCACUGCCACGAGCUCCUGGCACCAGCUUCACGUGGCAUGACUCCCGGAGCCAGAGAGCGGCUAGCAGCCACCCCAUCAAACUCCUGCAGCAGCCCGGAGUUGAGGGCUCCCAGCCCCUCACUGGGCGGCCUCACCAGGCCCGUGGUCCUGUGGACGCAGCAGGAUGUCUGCAAAUGGCUCAAGAAGCACUGUCCUCACAACUACCUCGUCUACGUGGAGGCCUUCUCCCAGCACGCCAUCACGGGCCGAGCUCUGCUGCGGCUAAAUGCAGAGAAGCUGCAGCGGAUGGGGCUGGCGCAGGAGGCCCAGCGGCAGGAGGUGUUGCAGCAGGUCCUGCGCCUGCAAGUUCGGGAGGAGGGGCGGAGCCUGCAGCUGCUGAGCCAAGCUUCCUUUGGAAACAGGGCCUAGCGCCUACCAGAAGCUCCAAUCGCAGACCCCAGCACUGUGACGGGCAUGUGGCAAGAACGAGGGGCCGGUUGCAACCUCCCAGGCCUGGACUUCGUGCCAACGCUCCCUCAACCCCCCCCCCCACUGGUGCACAUGGUAACCCCAGAGCCAGAUGGGACCCGGAGCUCCAAACUCACAGGGUGUCUAACCAUGCUCCCUGUGGCCACCCAGCCUGCAAACCGUACACACCUUCACCCACCUCUCCCAAGACAGCGUCUGUCUGUCCACCGGCCCCUCAUCCUCCCUCAGAAGGUGGGGAGCUGGCCCAGACUCCCCGUGGCCUCUGCCCACUCCUGAGCACCGCCCAUCGCCAAAUGUGUCCCCUUGUUAUUUAUGAACCCUUCCCCACACCCCCUGAUUCAUGGGACCAGGACCUAAUGCAGUCCAGGUUUGGGGAACUUGGAGCUGCCAACACAGAUCUGUUGCCUGCCCCAAGCCUUGGCUCCACCUACCAUGUCCCUGAGCUGCAGCGGCCAGCAGAGCGAGUGGGGAUCUUGGAAGUCCCGCUUGCGCUCUCAAACAUCUCAGGACAGAUAAGGCUGAGGCAGACCUCAGUGCCUGAGUGAGCAGCCGGGGGAUGGGGGCUGGCUGUUCAUGCAGAGCCAGACAACAGCCUGGUGCCCCCCAUCAUCCUCUGUGCCCCAUGAACUGUUUGGUGUCUCCACUCGUGUUGUGCUGUUACGUAGAGCUGAGGCCUUUCCUGUCUCCGUCCCCCUCGUCUUGGUCCCGUCCCCAGACACCACCAGUCUCCUGAGUCUUUUUCCUUGUUUUGUGCUCACUUUUUUUUUUUAUUAUUAUUUUCAAAAGAACCCAGAAUUAAAAAUAAACCUGA